UAUACUUCUGUGUUAUCGAACCUUGCUUAAAUUUUUGAACAGUCAAAUACUACUUAAAAUUUACAGACUGCUGGUUGCUCCAGACAAAUCAACCUCUGAAAGCUACAUACCUGUAGCACGUUGAUUGAUUGAUUGAUAAGCUUAUCUUCACCGCUGUUUGACUGAUCCAGUUGCUGCCUGACCUCUGCUAUUUGAUAUCUAUAUAAAGGGGUAGAGGUAAACUUGAGCCCAUUUGGUAAAUGUUAAGAUGGCAACCUUCCACCUUAUACAGCACGUUGUUAUCUUAAGCUUGGUACUGUUACAUGUACCCAUGGAAAGUGACGGAGAGAAAAUAUUGAUCUUUCCUUGCACUCAUAUCUUCAACUCGAGAACACUGAAUCUAGAGAAGAUUUCCGUCAUGCUUCGAGAUCAUGGGCACACUGUCAGCAUGCUGGUUGGGGACCACUACAAACCUAAAAUGAACGUAUCUGGGAUUGAGUUGAUUGUGUACAAGAUGCCAGAGCUUUGGGUGAAUAAGGGAGGCGAGUUGGACCUAAACACAACAAUGUACUACGUUGAGAAAGAUCCCAUGCCUUUCGUUAAAGAAAUUGAAAAAGUGGACUACAUGAUGGCUGAAAAUCUUUUGGAGGACCAGCAACUGGUGAAGCGCCUCAAAGCUGCAGGAUUUUCUCUCCUCUUUGUGGACAUGAGCAAUAUGGCGGUUAACUAUUUUUUAAGAGAGUAUCUAGACAUUCCUAGCAUUGCCUACAACAACUUUGGUUUUUUUGACAUAUGGUUUUACUUCAAUCAGCCUAGCUUCCCAUCAUAUAUGCCAUAUAUUCUAACAGAUUUUAGUGAUAAUAUGACAUUUACAGAGAGACUUCAGAAUUUGGACUUUGUGAUAGAAGCUGAAGAGUGGGCAAAUGAGAAAAUAGAGACUAUGGACAAACUGAAACAGAAAUAUCUCCCCAAUGAAAAUUGGCCAUCUGCUAGGCAUACUUAUCAAAGAAUGUCUCUUUUUAUUGCUGCCAAUGUCAAUUUUGCCUUUGAUUACCCAAGACCAGUCAUGCCCCACGUCAAGCCCAUCUCUGGACUCCUCUGGACACCUCCAAAACCUCUUCCCAAGUUUUAUGCCAACAUAAUGGCUUCUGCCACUCAAGGAGUGAUUUUGAUGAGUUUUGGAACCUUGGUACCUACCUUGCCAAAAGACAAAGCAGAAAUACUGGCCAAAGUAUUUGCUAAACUUCCGCAAAAGGUGAUAUGGCGCUAUAAGGGUGUUGCUCCCAAAUUUCUUGGAAAAAACACUUACCUGGUUGAUUGGUUUCCACAGAACGACCUUCUUGCCCACCCUGCCACUAAGCUGUUUAUCACCCACUGUGGAGUAAGCAGCACAUGGGAGACACUGUACCACGCAGUUCCUGUUGUGGCCAUGCCAUUACUUUGGGAUCAACAACACCAGGCUCGAAAGCUGAAGGAACGUGCCAAGAUUGGCGAAAUUGUGGUCUUCAGUUCCCUCUCUGAGGAAGCAUUAGAAACUGCUAUCAACAAAGUUCUGAAUGACAGGUCUUACAAGGAAAAUGCAGUUAGAAUGUCCAAACUACUGCAAGAUACUCCCAUGUCAGGACAAGAAGAAUUGUUGUUUUGGAUUAACUAUGUUAUUAGGCACAAUGGUACUCUUCACUUUCACUCCCAGGCUACUUACAGGUUAAACUGGUAUCAGUACUAUCUUUUGGAUGUUAUUGCUUAUAAGUUGUUAGUGCAGUGUUUAUAUUAUGCCAUGUAUCUCUCACUGGGUGUCAUUUCCUGGAAGUUGUUGAAGAAAAUCUUAACAAUGUUUCAAGGUAAAAAAGAGAAAGCACACUAAUAUAUGCUUAUCAGCAAUUAACUGUCAGAGUAUCAUAAAGAUUUGGUCCAAAACAUGCGGAAAGAUUACUUAAAGAUUAUGGUGAAAGUUAAUUAGUUCUAUUUAUUGGUUUUUGAAUAGAUAACCAAUGAAUUAUGAUUGUGUAGAAAGCCAUAGCCUGUAUGAAAUAAAGUUUUAAUUCAAAAAGAAUAUUUUAGUUUUGCUCUUGUGUGCGCAUGUGUGAUUAACGUUUAUGAAUUGUGAAUUUAUUUCUACUCAUGUAUGUUUGUGUGAAUGUUUUGAAAGUACAUGUAACUGCCAGUAAGUAAUAUAUUUGUGUGAUUGCACAAUUAUAUGCAAGCCUUGCCACAAGAUUGCAUAUCACAACCUUGUCAUCAGUCAUGCCAAUUUUCAUGAUUACGUAUAUCUCACUUGGGAAUGGAAAUACAACUCGAACCAAUCGCAAUUUUACAUUAAUUUACAAAGCAGUUUGACUUUAAGCAGGGUUGGGCAGAGCUUAAAAAAGAAAUACAUGGGGUGGUAAUUAAAAGAGCAGAAAGGGAAUGUUUGCUUUUAAAGUGGUAUAUUUUAUUGCACUAAUAUUCAGAAAAGUAUUUUUAUAUAAAAUAAAUAGGAAAAGCCUUUUUGACCAAUUUUGGCCAUUUGGUUUUCAUCUCCCUUCAGAUUGAAGACUGGUAGAAUAUGUUAAUAAUAUUGUAUGUGCAUAAAACAUGAUUCAGUGCU